AUGAGCCUUACAUCACAAGCAGUAAUAAUGCAUGAGAUGCAAGACUGGAAGUCAAAGUUUUCAUUUAUUACAAUACCUGAGGUUCAAAACGCACCAUAUUCGAAUUUUCGUUCAUUAAUUUCCGAAAACUCAGACAUUAUUGAUAUAUCCAAUAUAAUUGAAGCCGUUUCAAUGAAAUUAAGCAUUGAUGUCCUUAAAGACAUUUCAUUCAGUUUUCCUUCUGAAAAGAAUAGAAUUGCACAAACAGCAGCAGCUACAAGAACAACUUUAAGAUUUUCACCUAGUAACGAAGUUUUAGCUAGUAAACCGAAUGCUGCAUAUAUUGCUAAUCCUUCAACAAUUCAAAAAACAUUACCACAAAAGUAUAACAAAUCUAAACUAAAUAAUAGAAAGAUCAUUAUAAAGUAA